AAUGUUAGACCGAGCGGAUGUGAGCGGCUCACACAGGUGUGUCUCCAACUGAACCGCUGUUCGAGGCGAACACACCUGGCUGCAUCAUGUGACCUUGUACCUGGGCGUGGAGAAAAUCGGCUGUUUUCCGUUGGCGUGCUUUCAUGUAACCCAGCAUCGCCGUUCUGAUUCUGAGAAUUGUCCACCGGCCCCCCAGCGUUUUCAGGGAAUGCUGUUUGUCUGAUAGCGACCCUCUCCUUGGCUUUUGCGAGAGUAGGAUGUGAACGAACUUUUCGCGCAUGGUGCAUCGGGGGGUUAUUUUUGUUUUUUAGGGGGGAAACAGCCUGGACUGCGCGGGUGUGUUUAACCACUGCUUUGAAGGAAUGGAAGCAGCCGAAGGCCGGUGAGGAGAGUGAGACCGUCAGGGUGCUGCGUACCCAGAGGACAAGGCGACAGGGUCGUUGUUCACUUCAGCACCUCGCUAACAGGAGUGCGAAAACCCACCGGGGCAGACAGAAAUGGCGAGGUGGGCCCACACCGCUCUGCUGCUCCUACUCUUCAUGCGUGCUGCUUGCUGUAAGGAGACCCUACAGGUGUUCAACACGGAGACGCCCGUCAACAACGUGGUGCAGGACCCACAGAGCGGCCGCGUCUACCUGGGCGCCGUCAACGCCAUCUACCAGCUGGACGCCUUCCUGCAGCUGGAGAGAAAGAAGGAGACGGGCCCCAAGAGGGACAGCCGCCAGUGUACCCCUCCCAUCCACCUCACCUGCCAGACCGCCCAGAUGACCGACAACAUCAACAAGCUGCUGCUGGUGCACAAGAGCAACGGCUCGCUGGUGGUCUGCGGCAGCCUCUUCAAGGGCAUCUGCUCCCUGCUCAACCUCACCAACAUCGAGCAGCAGGUCUACUACAACGACAGCAAGGGCGAGAAGACCUACGUGGGCAGCAUCGAGGAGACAGUGUCGGUGGUGGGCGUCAUGUCCACCUUCACCAAGGAGAGCGACACGCUGAGCGUCUUCCUGGUGGGGAAGGGCUACGGAAGCCUAGACGGGGCCAAACUGAUCAGCACGCGCAUCCUGCAGGAUUACCGUGAGUGGGUGGUGUUCGAGAACAUCGUGGAGGCCUCCACCGUGCAGGCCAACCCCUUUGUGCCCAAGUACAUGCACGACUUCCGCCACGCCUUUAAGGAUGGCGACUUUGUCUACUUCCUGUUCUCCCGCAAGACGGGCACGACGGACAAGUACUUCACCUUUGUGUCGCGGCUGUGCGAGAGUGACCCGCACUACUACUCCUACACAGAGCUGCAGCUGGACUGCGGGCUGGACGGCUCCUUCAACAAGGUGCAGGCGGCGUAUGUGGCGCCCCCCGGGGCCGAGCUGGCGGCCUCGCUGACCGGGUCCGGCCGCUACGGGACGGUCCAGGCCUCAGACAGGGUUCUGUUCGCGGUGUUCAGCACAGUGGAGGGCAGCACCCGUUCCGGCCUAUGCAUGUACCCGCUGAAUGCCAUAAACGACCAGCUGGUGAAGAUCAUCGGCGCCUGCUACACCAGCCAGGGGAAGAUUGACAAGAAGAUGGCCGUCACUCCACCUUACUCGUCAUCCACCACAAACUUCUGCUCCGUCCCUGGUUCUGCGGAUUUGGUGAAUGAGUACCGGUGUGGAGCGGAUUUCCUGACCUCGCCGCUGGCCAGCACGCCGGACUUUGCCCUGAAGGCCGAGGCUGUGUACCACCGGCCUGGCACACUGACCGCAGUGGCUGUGUCUGUGGAAGAGGAGCACGCCGUCGCCUUCCUGGGCACCAGCACCGGAGAGGUGCACAAGGUGCACCUGUCCAGCAAACCUGUGCCCUACGGCAGGGGGCCAGGGGACAACACAGGUCACAGAGUGAAUAAAAACCUCUUUUUCGACACAAACCGCAGCCACCUGUACAUCACCACCGACAAAAAGAUCACCAAGGUCCCUGUGCAAGCGUGUCACCUGAAGACGGACUGCCAGUCCUGCGUGGCUCAGAAGGACCCGUACUGCGGCUGGUGUGUGCUGGAGGGCAGAUGCAGCAGGAAGUCGGAGUGCGGGAGAGCGGAGGAGGAGAACGGCUGGCUGUGGAGUCCCAGGCAGCAGUGCGUGGCCAUCGAGUCCUUCUCUCCCCCGAGCCUCAGCUGCAGGAAGACGCAGCGGGUGGAGAUAAGCGUGCCCUCUCUCCCCACUAUCAGGGAGUCUGACAGACUUCAGUGCUGGUUUGGGCGUUUCAGCAGCCAGGCAGAGGUGGAGGGCUCAAAGGUCACCUGUAAUCUCCCUGACCUUGAAAGCAUCCCAACCACUCCUGAUAAACAAGAUUUCGUGGCUGUGCCAGUGAAGAUCUUUGUGAAUGGAACUGUGGAGGUGGCUGUCAGCGAGUUCCGAUUCUACAACUGCGGCGCAGCCGUGAGGAAGAGUGAGAACACCCCGUGCAUGUCCUGUGUGACCAGCAGGUGGGGCUGCCAGUGGAACACCCAGGAUCACACCUGCAGUGACAGCGAUGGCUCCAUAGAUGGCGCUCAUAUUAUCAAACACCAGCAGGCAAUGAGCUGUCCAAGAUUUGAGAACCAGGAACCAGGACUCAUUCCUGUGGGAUUUAAAACACCAAUCAGGUUUGAGGGAGUCAAUCUGGACAGGUAUAAGGGUCGAGAGUUUAAGAUCGGCACUGAGCUGAUGAAGCAGACCGAGGAGGAGAUCACUCGUGAAGGAGGCUCACAGUUCAGUUUCGGGGGAUAUGAGUUUUUCUAUGAUAAAGCACAGACGGUCGACGUGCUGUUCCAUGUGAAGGACGUGGCCACAGAUAAGAAGAUAGACAGCACUCUGAACGUGACGCUGUAUAACUGCUCCCUGGGCCGGGAGGACUGCAGCCUGUGCAAGAACGCUGACCCUCAGUACAGCUGCGUGUGGUGCUCCACCAUCAGCUCCUGCAUCUACAGGGAGCUGUGUCUGGGCAAUGAGAUGCAGCACUGUCCUGCUCCCAAGAUCACCGACAUCGUCCCUCGCUAUGGACCUCUGAAAGGGGGAAUUUCAGUCACCAUCAAAGGGUCCAAUCUGGGCAUCAAGAAGGAGGACAUUAAGAGCAUCAGUGUGGCCGGGGUUCCCUGCACCCACCAGCAAGACAGAUACUCCGUCUCCACCAGCGUGGUCUGUGAGGUUGGUCCUGUUGGCGCUGACAGUCCCCGUGAGGGUGUGGUGGAGGUGGAGGUGGACGGAGACAAAAGGGGGACCUCUCAGGUCCUUUUCACAUUCAGGGACCCCUAUGCCGCAGCAGUCCAGCCUGACAAAGGGCCCAAAGCGGGAGGGACGGUGAUCACGAUAUCCGGCACUGACCUGGACACAGCCACUAAGGAGGAUCUGAGCAUCAGUGUGGGGAGAGUGGCCUGCUCUGUGGAGACAUUUGGCAGCGAGAUCACCUGCAAAACGGGUGAAUACAAGGACCAAAAGGUCCCCUCAGACACGCUGACUGUCACAGUGAGGUACGGGAAGUACGCCAGCACAGAGGUGUCCAAGGCCUUCCAGUUCUACGACAACCCCAAAGUGGACAGGCACCACCCCCAGGGCAGUUUUGUGUGUGGGGGCAGGACCAUCGUGGUGACGGGGGCCGGGUUCGACCUCAUCCAGAGGGCCACCAUGAGGGUCAGGCCCUCCUCCCAAGAGUCCAGCAACCCCAAUCCAGUCGAGUUUGUGCAGGAGGCCCUGAGCAAAAACGACACGGUGCUGCAGUUCCUCUCUCCGGCUGUGAACGAGACCUUCCUCAGCCAGGGCCUCAGAACCUUCGUCUUCCUGGACAACGUCCAGGCAGAGCUGGACCCCUUCGAUUACCAUGCCGACCCCAUUUUCGACGAGCUCACCAAGAAGGUCAUCACAGAGGCCAGCAUCAUCAUCGUCACCGGCCAGGGCUUUGCCAAGGCGAUGACCGCCAAGGAGGCGGAGGCUUUUGUGGGGGACGCUAAGUGUGUGGUCAGCACCCUGCAGGACGAUCGGCUCUACCUGGACCCCCCUUCCACACAGCCCAAAGCCCGCUCCAAACGGCACCGGAGGGACACCAGCUCCGACCCACUGGACCUCAUGAUUAAGUUUGGGAAUGGAGAGUGGGUGGUGGGCUCAGUGCACUACGAGAGGAAGUACGAGGUCCCCCUGCCCAUAAUUAUCCCAGCAGUAGUUUUCCCCAUGCUGCUGAUCAUCGCCAUCUCAGUCUACUGCUACAGGAGGAAGAGCCAGCAGGCCGAGAGGGAGUACGAGAAGGUGAAGCACCAGCUGGAGAACCUGGAGGAGAGUGUUCGCGACCGCUGCAAGAAGGAGUUCACAGAUCUGAUGAUUGAGAUGGAGGACCACACCAGUGACCUCAGUGAGGCUCGCAUCCCCUUCCUCGACUACAAGACCUACACCGACCGGGUCUUCUUCCUGCCCUCCAAAGACGGCGCCAAUGACGUGAUGAUCACGGGCAAGCUGGACAUCCCAGAAUCCCGCAGAGCUAUCGUGGCACAGGCCCUCAACCAGUUCUCCAACCUGCUCAACAGCAAGACCUUCCUCAUCAACUUUAUCCGAACACUGGAGGGGCGGCCCGACUUCAACGCCCGAGCGAGGGGUUAUUUCGCCUCCCUCCUGACGGUGGCGCUGCACGGGAAACUGGAGUACUACACGGACAUCAUGCGGACCCUGCUGCUGGAGCUGAUGGAGCAGUACGUCCACAGCAAGAACCCCAAACUCAUGCUGCGGAGGUCAGAGACAGUGGUGGAGAGGAUGCUCUGCAAUUGGAUGUCGAUUUGCCUCUACCAGUUCCUGAAGGACUCUGCCGGGGAGCCUCUGUACAAACUGUUUAAAGCCAUCAAGCACCAGGUGGAGAAGGGUCCGGUGGACGCGGUGGUGAAGAAGGCCAAGUACACGCUGAACGACACGGGGCUGCUGGGAGACGACGUGGAGUACAGCGUGCUGACCGUGCAGGUGCUCGUCCACGGGGAAGGUCCGGACGUGACCCCGGUGAAGGUACUCAACUGCGACACCAUCUCCCAGGUUAAGGAGAAGAUCAUCGAGCAGGUGUACAGGAACCACCCGUACUCACAGAGGCCCAAGGUGGACAGCGUCACUCUGGAGUGGCGCCCUGGCUCCACAGGGCAGAUCCUGUCUGACCUGGACCUGACCUCGCAGAAGGAGGGCCGAUGGAAGCGCAUGAACACUCUGGCCCACUACAACGUGAGAGACAAUGCCACACUCGUCCUGUCCAAGGUCCUGCACCCACAGCAGUCCUACGAUCAGAACCAGGACAGCCACGAAGAGAGAAAUGCGCUGCUGGAGGACGAUAAGGUGUUCCACCUGGUACGGCCUGCGGAGGAGAUCGACGAGAUCAAGUCGAAGAGGGGCAGCAUGAAGGACAAAUCGAUGACGAAAGCCAUCACAGAGAUCUACCUGACACGGCUGCUCUCGGUCAAGGGCACGCUGCAGCAGUUUGUGGAUAAUUUCUUCCGAAGCGUCCUGUGCUCCGGUGCUGUGGUACCCCCAGCCGUAAAGUACUUCUUUGACUUCCUGGACGAGCAGGCGCUGAAACAUGACAACGUGGACGAGGAGACCAUCCACAUCUGGAAGACCAACAGCUUGCCUCUGCGGUUCUGGGUGAACAUCCUGAAGAACCCCCACUUCAUCUUCGACGUCCACGUGUCCGAGGUGGUGGACGCCUCCCUGUCGGUCAUCGCUCAGACCUUCAUGGAUGCCUGCACCAAGACGGAGCACAAGCUGAGCCGGGACUCCCCAAGCAACAAGCUACUCUAUGCAAAGGAGAUCUCCACGUACAAGAAGAUGGUGGAUGAGUACUACAAGGGAAUCAGGCAGAUGGUGUGUGUCAGUGACCAGGACAUGAACACUCACCUGGCAGAGGUGUCGCGGGCGCACACAGACAAACUCAACACACAGGUGGCUCUGCACCAGCUCUACCAGUAUGCAAGCAAAUACUAUGAUGGGAUCAUCACCUCCCUGGACGAGGACCCCGCAGCGCAGAGCAAGCAGCUCACCCUGCGGCUGCAGCAGAUAGCGGCCGCCCUGGAGAACAAGGUGACGGAUCUGUGAGCCCGGCGUGGGGGAGGGGCCAGCUCCGAUGGAGGGAGGGCUUAUUUCACACGGGGCAGAGCGAGAGAGACUGGGAGGCGCCCAGCCGCGUGGAGGCUGUUUGGAGUCUCCGAGAGCGUUUCACCAAGGGAAACUUCAGAGGGCUUUGAGUGCCCCCUUCAGAGACAAACCGUGAACUGCAGAAGAUGAGGGUGCUCCAUGAACUGCACAUCUGCGCCCUAAACGCUCGCCUUUCCGAGUGGAGAUGGUCUCUCUACACAGUGACGUUCCUUACAUUUCUGCGAUAUCUCGAUCUGCAGCGACCAGCUCCUAAAGCGUUGCUUACCAUUUCAGCCGAUGAAAUAAGCCCUGCAUUCAUUACUGGCUGUAUAAGUAAUCAGAUGUUCAAUUUCUUCCUGUGCAGAGAAGUUUAAGAAAAGUGUUAUAUACAUAUUAUAUAUAUAUUUUAUUGUGCAGUCUUUAUUUGUAAAGCUUUAUAAGCAGAAAUGAUCUUUUUAAUCGCCGGCCAUUUCAUUUGAUUGUGUUUCUACCUGAAUCCAGUGUCACCUGCGUAUGAUCAGCUGCCAUUGGCCCGCUGAACUCACCUGUGUGUCCAAUCAUGUGCUAAAACAGACUCUGGCUGACGUGUUC